AUGAACAUGCUGCAGGAUGAUAACAUCGACAAUGCACUAUCCGUGUUCCGCAGUGACAGGCAGUUCAUCGAUAAUUCAAGCUCUGGCAUUCCACCGCGCCCGCCAAGAAACACACGCGAAGACAGCAACGCCAACGACCGCGGAUCGUCGAACAAUCCCGCCGUUAUGGCGUACAAUGCAGUGCUGGUACUGUUCGACGUGCUGGUGUUUAUUGUAAAGUCCAUGUACAUCGUCGGGCGCGGAUUGUUCGAGAUGGCGGUACUGCCACCGGCCCGGGAUGUAAGCGGCGAUAUUGUACUGAUCACCGGUGCGGGUCACGGAAUGGGCAAGAACCUAUCGCUGCAGUACGCGAGCCUCGGUACCACCGUCGUGUGCGUGGACGUCAACGAAAAGACGAACCAGGAAACGGUCAACGCCAUCAAGGCCAAGGGUGGCAAGGCGUUCGGUUACAUCUGUGACGUCACUAACCGCCAACAGGUAGUUGAGACGUGCAAGAAGAUCCGCGAUCAGGUUGGCAUUGUAACCAUCCUGAUCAACAAUGCCGGCAUCAUGCCGACUCACUCGCUGCUGCAGCAAACGGAGAACGAAAUUCGCAAGACGUUCGAUAUCAAUGUGUUGGCACACUUUUGGUUCAUCCAGUCACUGCUGCCGGACAUGAUCAAGCAGAACCGGGGCCAUAUUGUGGUGCUGUCGUCGAUCGCCGGCAUGAUCGGGUUCAAGUACCUGGUACCGUACUGCGGCACGAAGUUUGCCGUCCGCGGCAUCAUGGAAGCAUUGUCGGAGGAGUUGCGUGCCGAUCCGGCAAAGCCGAACAUUAAGUUUACCACGAUCUACCCGUACAUGGUGGACACGGGACUCUGCAAACGGCCGUACACUCGCUUCCCGAGCCUGCUGAAGAUGGUAAAGCCGGACGAUGCGGCCGCCGCCAUCAUCGAUGCCCAGCGCCGUGGACUGAUCGAGGCGUCCAUCCCGAAGUAUCUGCUCUAUUUGAACACCUGGUUCCGCAAUCUGCCACUGCGCGUCGGUCAGGAGUUUGGCGAUCUGCUAGACACUGGCCUGCAGUCGGACCUGUAG